GAUUACGUCAUUAGGACCUGCGUACUUGUCGAUCGCGGUGAAUUUGUGGGGAUGAGCAGCUCUACAUGAAGCGAAGUAUGCACUUGCAGGAAACACCGGUCUGCCCUUUGUCUUCAGAUGAUCUGCUUUGGUUUCACAUCUGUCAAUAAAACCGACAGAAAGGGAAAAAACCCUGCAGGACUUCCGUCGGGUAUAAACGAGUCCGGCUGUUAAUAUCGGUGUGCAGCGGUAGGCGAGCCAGUGCAGGAUCAGAUAACGAGGUUGUCUCGUCACACACCACACUAUGCUGGGCUGCUUUCUGCGUGGAGGCUGCAGUCCUCUGGUCUGCUUGUGGGCCCUUCUGCUGCCUCUGGUCUCCCUCAAUCGUUUAAACCAACACAGUCGCAGAGGCCACAGUGUGAGGGACCGGCCAAAGCUGCUGCUCGUAUCCUUCGACGGCUUCCGCUGGGAUUACAUUGAUCGGGUCCCGACGCCGAACUUCCACACCCUCAUAAACGAGGGGGUGACGGUGGAGCACGUGGAGAGCGCUUACAUCACCAAAACCUUCCCCAACCACUACAGCUUGGUGACGGGGCUGUAUGCCGAGACGCAUGGCAUCGUGGCCAACGAGAUGUACGACCCCGCUCUGAAUCGGUCCUUCUCCAUGGAGACAGACAGUAUUUAUGAUUCACGGUGGUGGGACGAGGCGGUGCCUCUCUGGGUGACCAUCCAGAAAGCUGGAGGGCGGAGCGGGGCAGCGAUGUGGCCAGGCUCUGAUGUGAAAAUCAAUGGCACGUUCCCCAAUGAAUACCUCCUGUACAAUGCCUCAGUCCCCUUUGAAACUAGAGUGGAGCGGGUUAUUGAUUGGUUCUCUGCACCCAAAGAAGAAGCAGUGGAUUUUGGAGUUCUCUACUGGGAGGAGCCAGAUGAGAGCGGGCACAAUCUGGGACCUCAGAGUUCCCUCAUGGACGACGUCAUUGCCGGGAUUGAUGAGAAGCUCGGCUUCCUCAUGAACGAGCUAAAGAAGGCAGCGCUGUUUGAAGAAGUGAACCUGAUAGUGACCAGUGACCAUGGAAUGACUCAGCUUUCCACUGAAAAGAUCAUAGAAUUGGAUGUGUACGUGAGCAGAGACCUGUACACCUGGGUGGACAAGAGUCCUGUCGUGGGAAUACUGCCCAAAGAAGGGAAGCUUGACGAGGUGUAUAGUAAGCUGGUGGAUGCAAACCCGAACAUGGUGGUGUACAAGAAGGAAGACAUUCCCGAGCACUUCCAUUAUCAACACAACAUCAGGAUCAUGCCCAUCCUCAUAGAAGCCAAGGAGGGCUGGACCAUCAUGCAGAACAGGACCGGGCCCUUCAUGUUGGGAAACCACGGCUAUGACAACACCCUACGUAGCAUGCAGCCUGUGUUUGUGGCCCGUGGGCCGGCCUUUCGCCAGAAAUACGUCAAGACCUCCAUGCGCUCUGUUGACCUAUACCCUCUCAUGUGCCACAUCCUGUCCAUCCGCCCUCUACCAAACAACGGCUCCCUCUUAAAUGUUCAGGACCUGCUGUCUGUAGAGCCAACUCCACCCAUGCCCAGUAUCCCUACAAGGGUCGACGGGUACUCCUACGCCCCUGUCAUGGGUUCCUUCCUCGGUGUGGUGAUGGUGCUGGGCUUUCUGGUGGUCUACAUCAGACAAGUCACGCUCAAACAGCUGCCCUCACUAAAACACAGAAGCAGGGAGAUGUCACAGCCCUUACUGCAAGAGGACUUGCACCUGUAGCUGAAGAAACAGAAAUGAGGGCAGGCAUAAAAGAAGAGGAGGUAUUGCUCCCCAAGCUAGUCUGCUCUGUCCAGAAGCAUCCCCUAAACGCCUCCCUUGUAUGACAUAAUGCCAUUGUGAUGCUCUUUUUAUUAGUUGGAGAUCAAGGGAAUAGAAUCUAACCUCCUAAUCACGUGUAGAGGUACAUCUUUCCUGCUUGAGUGUAAGGAAAAUGUCUAGGGUUUGCUUCUGGCACAGGCUUAAUAAACCUUUACAUGGGCUUUAUAGUGGCUUUGCUUUGAUUGUGAAUUUUACCUAAUAUCAUCUCGCCAUUUUCAUUGUCAUAAGUAAAAAGUUUAAGCUUAAGAGUGAAAUAUUAACCUGUGAUUCUGGCAAGUAUGAAUGUUUUGAUGGCCACAACCACGACUUGGAUAACAUUAAAGUGUCAGUAUGCUCGAAAAAGAACUUUGUUUGCCUGAAGGUAAAAGUGUUUAUAGUUUAUGGCCACAGUUGUGAAAAGCCGGCCAUCAUAGGGAGGGGCAAGAAGCAAUAAUCGUUGAUAUGGGCAUGACUGCGCACACUUUCAGACAAUCUUUCCUCGAUGGCAUUCAUAGUGCUGCGCUCAUUUGCACAUAGGAGAACAGAAGUAAUGGAGUGUGAAGAGUAAUAAAAGAUAGCUUCAGGGAGAAGUUCAAACCCUGCUUACUUUCUCUUCUCUACACACCUAGCCUGUUGUGUCGUGAAGUGGAGGUGAUGUUGGAUUGUUAUAGAUAUGGAAAAUUAAAGAAGUUUUUAGACUCGGCCAACCCAAUUCCAAAGCCUCUAAGGAGUGGAGGGGGGAGUUAAUAUGCUAUUCAGUGAUCCAAAAAGCCCAUUGCUUGAAGCAUACUGACACUUUAUUACCUGACAGUAACACCGAUGGACGGCAGUAAAUUUUGUUUAUUAAGCCUUGGCACUCGGCCAUGUCAGGUUUUUCCACCAAUUGUUCUACUUGUGGUCUAAGCACUGAAUAAGAAGUUACUUUAAAAUAAAAAUGCUGAUUAAUCAGAAAAGUAUUCAAACCUCAACUCUUUUCAAGAGAUUUACUAGGGUCAGUACUAUAUUUGAAUGUUACUUUGAAGCAGAUGUUCCACUGAAGACUCACUCAAUGUGCCAGGCUGCUGCUCAUUUGUGUAGGUCAUUCCAUGAGCCAAUCACAUCACGACCUAGCUCUUUAAUAGUCAGUUACCAUUUGCCUUUUAACUUAAUGGAGAAAAACUCUCUAAGGUGUGAAUUGUUUGUGUCAGUUUUUUUUGUAGAGUUUGUGUUUGGAGGGCAUUUUCCUAAAUAGAUGACUGUGUACUGCCCUUCUGUUCAUAUGUUGUCAUAACCAUGACCAUUUGUUGGUGAAAUGUGAACUGCGUUUGCUAUUGGUCAGUAUUUUGUCAUAGGGAUUUCUGUUGUUGCUUGGUUGAGAAGACUAUUUCAGCAUGACUUGCAAGAACUGUUCCCCUGAUUUGCACUACAGAAUAGAAAUGAAACAGAAAGAAGGGGCAGUAGUUGGAUGCUUUUUAGGUCAUGUUAUUAUUUGCACUUCUUGUUCGUAGUUACUAUUUAAAAUGAUAAAAAGUUAGGGGCCUCUUGUCAAAAAGCUUUUUAAUUAGCAUAAUCAUAGAAAAUCAAGUAGAAUCCAAAUCUGCCAAUAAAUAAUUCAAAUAUAUUUUCGGCAUCUUUUAGGAAUUUUCUCCUUAUGCUUUUAGAUGCAUUGACUAAAACCUGUGCCCCAAAAAUGACAGACAUCACUGUGAUAUAUACUUUUUACAAAUUCAUAAAUUGAAUGCAUUUAUAUGGAAAUUGUUAAUUUUCUGAUAAUUGUCUUGUUAUAUGAAAGAAGUGUUGUCUGAUAAUUUCCCCAUACCUGUUGACAGAGACAAAUUUAAAAACUUCAUUUGGGAUUGUUAGAAAAUAAGAAAUAUUAGAUCAGGUUUAUCUCAGUUGAUUAUUUACUUGGAUUUAAAGUAUGGAUAUUUAAUAUAAUUUACAAAUUAACUAUCUUUGCCAUGUUGAUGCAAUUAGAGUCUUCUGAAAUUAAAAGGACUUAUGUGAAACUGA